CCUGGUUGUGCUCACAUGUAUCCGGCUCCACCUGAGUUGGAGGAUCGUGUCAGAGUGAGUGCUCCCUCACAGAGGAUCUUUGUCCCGGAGUGCAGUAUGGCCGGCAGCGUGUGGAGGUCAAUGCUGGUGGUGGGGGGGGCAGUGAGGAGACCCGCUCUGUCUUCAGCUUCCUUCUCCAGAGGGAUGCAGACAGUCACACUGAUCCCUGGUGAUGGGAUUGGACCGGAGAUCUCCACUGCUGUGAUGAAGAUCUUUGAAGCUGCCAAAGCUCCCAUCAGAUGGGAGGAGAGGAACGUGACAGCCAUCAAAGGACCUGGAGGGAGGUGGAUGAUUCCUCCUGACGCUAAAGAGUCGAUGGACCGGAGCAAGAUCGGACUGAAAGGACCCCUGAAGACGCCCAUCGCCGCAGGUCACCCCUCCAUGAACCUGCUGCUCAGGAAGACCUUUGACCUCUACGCCAACGUGCGCCCUUGCGUCUCCAUCGAGGGCUACAAGACCCCGUACACCGACGUCAACCUGGUCACCAUCCGAGAGAACACGGAGGGCGAGUACAGCGGGAUCGAACACGUGAUCGUGGACGGCGUGGUUCAGAGCAUCAAGCUGAUCACUGAGGAGGCCAGCAGACGCAUCGCUGAGUAUGCCUUCGAAUACGCCAGGAACAACCAGAGGACCAGCGUGACGGCCGUCCACAAGGCCAACAUCAUGAGGAUGUCUGACGGUCUGUUUCUGAGGAAAUGUCGUGAGGUUGCAGAGAACUACAAAGACAUCAAGUUCACUGAGAUGUACCUGGACACUGUGUGUCUCAAUAUGGUUCAGGAUCCGACCCAGUUUGACGUCCUGGUCAUGCCCAACCUGUACGGCGACAUCCUGAGUGACCUGUGUGCUGGUCUGAUUGGAGGACUUGGGGUCACGCCCAGCGGGAACAUCGGAGCCAACGGAGUCGCCAUCUUUGAAUCGGUCCAUGGCACCGCCCCCGACAUCGCCGGCCUGGACAUGGCGAACCCCACCGCCCUGCUGCUUAGCGCCAUCAUGAUGCUGCGUCACAUGGGUCUCCACGACCACGGCAACAAGAUCCAGGCGGCGUGCUUCGACACCAUCAGAGACAAGAAGGUGCUGACGAAGGAUCUGGGGGGAAACUCCAAGUGUUCAGAGUUUACAGCCGAGAUCUGCCGUCGCAUCCAGGACCUGGACUGAGGCUGCAGAGAGGAGCUGAUGUAGGAGCGCAAGACUCCGCCCACCUGGACCACUUCAUCACAGAACCCCCCCCCCCCCCCCCCCCCCCCCCCCCCCGCAGGAGCUGCAGUUUUUCUCUCACCUGUAUUUACCUGUAUUUGAAUCUGUCUUUGCUGUAAGGAGAUGAUGAUGUUGAGGGGGCGGGGCUUCUGCAGCAGCUUACCUGUAUCAGUUACAUUCUCUGAAAACAUGCGCACAACUUUGACAUGACCAAGGUGGAAACAUUUCAGAACAUCAUCUUUACAUUCACAUUAUUAAUAAUAAUAAUAGUAAUAUCACACUCCUUGUGUUCUCUGGACAGUUUGGAUAUUUGAUAUUUUUUUAACGGUGGUCCAAUGUAACCGUAACUCUUUAUUUAUUAUUUCUACUUCCUGUUACUGUCUCCUGCUGCUCUCCAGUUUCACAGAUCCAGAUCUAUGAGUUUAUAUAAAGGAAGAUAGAGCCAGA